AUGCAACGCCCAGGCCCAGAAGCCUGUUCGGAAAGCCGAGUAUGUGCGAGCGAGCAACCAGGCAGACGGCCGACAGACGACCGAGCGACCGGAAUACGUUGGGACGGACGGUGGCAAGGCGGCUGGAGGCAGUGGCGUGCCCGCCUGAAUGCUACGUGGCAUCUUUCUGGGGAGAUGGGAUGCAGUCCGCUUCCCACGGUGCCGACAUACUUGCUAGGGGAAACCUGUGGUUACUCUGCCCCUGGGGGAUAUCUCCUCGUCCGGCACGAAGCACUGGCUCUCGCCGCGGCGUUCUCAAGAUCUGAGGAGUACCCGUCCAUAGCAUGGUCCCGUUGCCUCUCAGUCAUCUCCCAGAGGAAUGACACUCCUUUGAAUUCGAAUUACCAGCCCCUGAGGUGCCAAACCUGA